AUGAGAUGUUCAAUCUGCAAACAACCAAACCACAAUUCAAGGGGUUGCCACAAAAAUAAGAGGAAUGAUGUUCCUGCUCCAGUUCAAACAGAAUCAACAACAAAUAAGAGAAAGAGAAAGAGUCCUAGCAAAUUCAACUUUGAAGGGAAUGAUUUGCAGAGCAUACGAAAGAGUCCUAGACUAAAGGGAAAAGGAAAAGAAAUAGUCAUUGCUGGAAAUGAGGGUGUGAAAGCUAAGCUACCAGUGAAGAGGAGCUUGAGGCUACAAGGUCUUGUUGGUGAAAAGCCACAAGCUCUUACACAACCUGUAAGGCCGCCAGGAAGCAACAACAUGCUUGAUGGUGUAGCAUGCUUGAUG